GCGACACCGUUUGAGUUAGUAAUUGCCACAAUCGAGUUAAACGGCGCCGUUUUCGUAUUACCUCUCUUUCUAACUAAUAAUCCAAGUCGGAGACUCCAAUCUUCGUCUUGCAAAAAGAAAGAGGGAAGAUGCUGAGUCACCAGAACCUCUUCCUCCCUAAAACCCCAAACCUAAACCCCUCUUAUCCUCUCGUCCUCCCCAAACUCACCUUCCCAAACCCACGAAACCCCCGAUUCUACGGCCAAAAUGGUGUCCGGUGCAUGGCGGGGCGCAGCGACAAGAAGAAGAAGAAGGGCGGAGGAGCGCCGCCGGGCCGCAUCGAGGGUGACGCGGAUUUCCGCCGUGCCGUGAAGGAGGGGGCGCGGCGGAAGAGCAAGAAGCUGGCCGAGUCCCGCUUCUACCGCCUCCACAAGAACCGCAAGAGCCAGAACCAGGCGGAUAACUUCACUGAGGACGAGCUCCAGCAGAUCGGCCUCGGCUACGACCGGAUGGUCCGCUUCAUGGAAAAAGACGACCCCAAUCUGCGCCACCCCUUCGACUGGUACAAGUACGGCGAGUUCGGGCCCUACUCCUGGCGCGGCGUCGUCGUCGGCGACCCCAUUCGCGGCCGCUUCUCCGACGAACGGGUGACCCUGAUUAGCGAGGUGAGGGACCAGGAAGAAUGGGAGAAGAUUGAGCAGUUCGAAAUGGCUUCAGAUUACGGGAAAAAAUUGAACGAAAUGGAUGGGACCAAUGGAUUUAAGCACUUCUGGGUGUUUGUGAGGCACCCCAGGUGGAGGAUCCACGAGCUGCCGUGGCAGCAGUGGACGUUGGUCUGUGAGGUCGUCGUGGAAGGCGGUAAAGGCAGGUUGGACAAGUGGAAUCUCAUGGGUAGGUUUGGGAACAAGGCCAGGGCGCAGAUUACCCAAUGCGCGGCGUGGAUGAGGCCGGACAUCAUCUACGUGAAGAAGCCGGUGUAUCAGUGCAGAUUCGAGCCGCAGGAGGAUUUCUUGACUGGGUUGAUGCCGCUGUUGGAUCCGACCACGGAGAAGGAGUUCUUGUUCGAGUUGAAGAGCGAGGAUGGGAGCGUGGAGAUGUGCACUUAUUUCGGCGGCUUGUGCAAGAUUGUGAGGGCGAGUCCCAAGGCAUUUGUCGACGAUGUGGUGAAGGCGUACGAGAGGCUGAGCGACGAGAGAAAGUCUGAGUGCUUGGAGUUCCUGUUGAGCAAUCAUCCGGUGCUGUUGCUGCAUCCCUAUACAAAAGAGUGGAAGGCGAAGUUGGAGGAGAUGGAAUUGGGGUGCGAUGCACCGGAAGACGACGACGAGGAGGACCGUCGUGGUAGUGCCGGUGAGACCGAGAUUGUAGAUUGGAUUGAGGAUGAUGGUGAUGAUGAUGAUGAGGAGGAGGAGGAGGAGCAAGAGGAUAUAGUUAUGGACAUGGAGGAAGAAGAAGAAGAAGAUGGAGAUGACGAAUUGGGUACUGAAAAAGAGGAUUCGAGCGUGGAAGAUGAUAGUAAGCGUUGGGAGGAGGAGUUCAAAAAGGCGGUGAGCAGCGCCGAUGCAAUGGAGAAGCUAGCGAAACGGAGUGUGGAAAUGACUACUAAACACUAUGAGCAGCAGUUGGGGGAAAUGGGAGAAGCAGGGCAAAAGGGGAAAGAAGAGAAAGUUAGAGAGGAGGAUGAUGGAGAUGAAACCGCUAUGAGGGGGAAACGGCCGAAAGUGAGCCCAGAGGAAUGGAAGUAUGCGGGGAUUGGUCGAUGGAGGAAAAGGAUUAAGAAGAGUAGGAUUCCUCCGGAGCUGUUUUUGCGAGCGGCAGUGAGACCCUUCACAUAUAGAAAUCUUGUGAAGGAGAUUGUUUUGGUGAGGCAUGGAAUUGUGGAUGGUGAUUUUGUCAGGAAGAAGGCUUGAAGUAUUAGAUUAUUUGAAUCCUGUUUUGUGGGAUUUCAUUUCUAGGAUGAUCAUAUUUUACGAAUCCUGAUGAUAAUAUAUUUUCAUUUUUUGGCAUGUUA